AUGGAAUAUGCAAAUGGUAGUAAUCUUCAAAGUUACCUUAAAAUUAAUUUUGAAAAAUUGACUUGGAAUGAUAAAAAUCAAUUAGCUUUUCAAAUUGCCGAUGGGUUAAAUUAUUUACAUAACGAGGAGGUUUUGCAUAGAGAUCUUCAUUCUAAGAAUAUAGUUAUUCAUGAAGAUAAUGCUAAAAUUACAGAUUUUGGUAUUUCAAAAGUGGAAAAUAAUUCUACAAUGCAUAUUGGUCUUUUUGGUAAAGCCGCCUAUAUGGAACCACAAAUACUUACAGAUCAAAGCUUUCAAUAUAUUAAAGCUUCAGAUAUUUAUAGUUAUGGUAUAUUAAUGUGGGAAAUUUCUAGCGGAUAUCCUCCAUUUGAAGAUAAGUAUAAUAAUAAUCAGGACCUUAUAAUUGAUAUUACUUGUCAUAAAGUUCGUGAAACUACUAUACCAAAUACACCUGAUGAUUAUGAAAAACUAUAUAAAAAAUGUUGGAAACAAGAGCCUGAGCAAAGACCAAAUAUUAAAGAAGUAUUGCAAAAAUUUUUGAAGAUGGGCUUUGGAAAAAAGAUUGACAAUGACACAGCUGAAAAAACCAUUAAUGAAAAUUUAUCAGAAAACAGAGAUAAUAGCACUUCUGAUUCGGGUUCAAAAGUUGGCGAAGCUAUUCAAUAUGAAACCUAUGAGGAUUUAUGUG